UGUAGAUGACAACCCAACACCAACCACCAAGAACUGUAAUCUGUAAAGGACCAUGAUGAAGCAUUUUUCAUGUCCUUAUCGGUCAUUACUACUGCGGAAGAAGGACAACAAAACUAGUUGGCAAUUUUUGUUGUCUACCACCACCAUAGCUCCAAGCAACAAAGAAGAAGAAGAAGAAAAAGAUGGUGUUGGUGGCAAUUUGGUUGUUCCUCCUGAAAUGCCACACUUCAAUCACACUCCAUCACCUUACCGUGGUCCUUCAGCAUCUGAUCUCUUCAAGAAGCGCAAACACUACCUACCUACAUCCGUUGGCCCCUAUUACACCAACCCAUUGAAUCUGGUGGAGGGUAAAAUGCAGUACCUAUAUGAUGAGAAUGGUACAAGGUAUCUUGAUGCAUUUGGUGGCAUUGCCACCGUUUCAUGCGGCCAUUGCCACCCUGAUGUAGUUGAAGCAACUGUUAACCAGAUGAGACUCUUGCAGCAUACCACUGUCCUCUAUUUGAACCAUGCUGUCAUCGAUUUCGCCGAGGCUCUUGCUGCUAAGUUUCCCGGUGACCUCAAGGCUGUGUUCUUCACAAAUUCUGGGACAGAAGCCAACGAGCUGGCUUUGAUGAUUGCCAGGCUGUACACAAGCUGCCAUGACAUAAUUUCCAUCAGAAAUGGCUACCAUGGAAAUGCAACCUCAACAAUGGGUGCCACUGCUCAAAACAUUCACAAGUUCAAUGUUGUGCAGAGUGGAGUUCAUCAUGCCCUUAAUCCAGAUCCAUAUAGAGGUGCCUUUGGUUCGGAUGGAGUCAAAUAUGCAAACGAUGUUCAAGAUAUAAUCGAUUAUGGAACUUGCGGUCGAGUAGCUGGGUUUAUUGCUGAGUCUAUUCAGGGAGUGGGUGGAGUAAUAGAAUUGGCUCCUGGUUACUUGCCUGAGGUUCAUAGCAUCAUAAAGAAAGCAGGGGGUCUCUUUAUAGCAGACGAGGUCCAGACCGGAUUCGGUCGAACCGGAAGCCACUUCUGGGGCUUUGAGGCACAUGGAAUUGUCCCUGAUAUUAUAACUCUGGCUAAGGGGAUUGGUAACGGCGCGCCUAUUGGCGCGGUGGUUACAACUCCUCAGAUAGCAGAGGUGUUAACUCGCCGCACUUACUUUAGCACAUUUGGUGGGAAUCCGGUAUGUAGUGCGGCGGGGCAUGCCGUUUUGAGAGUAAUUGAGAAGGAAAAACUUAAGCAAAAUGCAUUUGUUGUUGGAUCAUAUCUAAAAGAGUGCCUUAGUUCUCUCAUGGAUAAGCAUGAAAUAAUUGGGGAUGUGAGGGGAAAAGGAAUGUUGCUUGGAGUUGAGCUUGUGAAAGAUAAGAAGUUGAAAGUUCCUGCUAAUGCUGAAAUGCUGCAUAUCAUUGAAAAGAUGAAAGAUAUGGGGGUGCUAGUUGGGAAAGGUGGCUUUCAUGGAAAUGUUAUAAGGAUUACACCUCCACUAUGUUUCACUAAGGAAGAUGCAGAUUUUCUUGUAGAUGUGAUGGACUACACAAUGUUAAAGAUGUGAAGCCAAUUGCACUAUGCCAUAAUCUUGGAUGACGAACAUGCUCUAAUUGUGAUCUUAUUAGUGUAAUAUUUUAGUUUAGAACGGUCUUUGCACUGAGCAAAGCAUGUUAUGUAUAAUAUGAGUUAGCAUUAAAUUUUCUUUUUUAUAUUAUGUAUGUGAUUAUGUACUUACGUCCGGCUUACACUUACUCAUUAGUAAUUAAAUCGCAUGGAGAACUUAAAACUUAAA